CUCGCGCUCUACGGAACAGCUUGUGGCCAGCCGAGCAGCAAACCGUCGCCCCCUCCUGGAUCCGCCUUCGAAGAGUGUUCAAGCCUGUCGCUGCACUACGUAGCUGCACGCCUCUCACUGCUGACGGCCUCCGCGCGUUGCGGCCAUGACGACGACGGCCGCCAACCCGGCGUCGAUGCCACAGAGCAGCGAGCAGCGGUACAUUCCAGCCGACUCAACCAAGCGGAAUUCGAUCACGCAAGACAUACAACGAAAGGAACGCAGCUUCCAGGAGUGCCUUGAGUUUCUCAUGCCCGUCUACCUGCUGCCCUUCGUUUUCGGCGACAGGGCCGGCACGGCCAUCUACUGCGUCCUGCUGACCGUGGUGGGACUAAUGGGCCGCCUUAUUCCGGCCACCGUUGCCGCCGUGCUGCCCAUCGUGAUCCUGCCGCUCGGUGGCGUCUCCACCCCCGACAAGCUGGCCGCUGAAUACAUGGGCCCCCACGUGCUCACGGCCUUCCUGCUGUUCGCCAUCGCCAUCUUGGGCGACGAGACGACCGUCUUCUUCCGGCUCUGCCUGUACGCGCUGCAGCGCUACGCCCUGCGCCUGCAGCCGCUCUUCCUGUACCUGCAGUUCCUGGUGUUCGCGCUCAGCCUGCUGCUGCCCAGUGCCCUGGUCGUGGUGUUCAGCACCGUGUUCAUCGACCGCUUCGUCACCACCGUGCACAACGAGAUCACCGCCGACCAGCGCGGCAGCGUGCGCAUCCAGACCAACUCGACGCAGAACUACUUCGACGACGGCCGGCGGCCGCGCUGGUUACGCCGCACCAGCCUGCAGCCGGCCUUCGCCCGCAGGGGCCGCAGCCUGUCCGUGGUGAGCGACACGACGCUCGCCAGCGAGGCGUCCGCCGGCAGUUCGAUCAUCAGGCAGUUCAGGAUGCACCCGCCCACGCCCCCGCUGGAGGCGCCGGCCGCCGGGCGAGGGCACGGCAGAAUGGGCGUGCGCAAGACUUCCUUCGGCACGUUCGACAUGCAAGGCGACGAGAGGCCGUACUACCUGCCCGUGCGCCGCAUCCGCUCGUUCAGCGUGGAGCCCAGCCAGCCGUCGUCCAUCCUCAAGCGCAGCCCGGCUCCUCCGCCGCCUCCGUCGUCGCCGCCGCCGGAGACGCCGCAAGACUGGGACACGUGCCCUGCGGGCAUCACCACGGCAAGCGAAGCGCGAAGGAGGAGCACCCAGCCUAUGGGCGAAUUCUUCCUGCAAGAAGCGGCGCGGUUGGCCGCUCCGAGGAGCUCUCACGACUGGCACAAGGAGACGUCGACGCCACGCGCUGUCCCUGCGCCCAUCGUGCUCUCUCCGUCCACGCCCACGUUCGGGACGGCCCAGGGCAGUGCGCUGCCGAGCCCCGAGAAGAAACGCGACGUCACUGUCGUGCCAGCGGGUUCGUGGCCAGCGUGCGUUUCGCAGCCACCCACGUCGUCCUGCACGGGCACGUCGUCCUCGCCGUCGCCGGUGUCGGCAAAGAGCUCGACGAGCCUCACGGACCCCUCGCCUUCUCCAAGGUCGUCCCGCUCGAGGCACAGACGGCGACAUCAGGCCGACACCCCGCUGAUCUCGAAGACAACGGACUUCAAGGCCCGAAGCCAAGUGCAUGCGCCACCAGCCGGUGAAACCCAGCCACCCCGCGAGCAUCAAACUGGUGGUCACUCCCCGCCACCGGCGGAUAAAAGGCGCGGCUCACGGCGCUCGUCGAAGGUGACGCAAAGGGUGACCGAUGGCGAGCCGAAGCCUGAGCAGAAGAUCGAAUCCACGACGACGUCGAAAUGCGUUGUGCUACCCGAGGCGAUGCCGGAGGCCAUCCUAGAACUCGGAGCGGUGCAGCAGCAGCAGCAAGAUCCUGAGCCGAGGCAACCGGAAGUGCGCGGAGUGCUCAAGAAACGAAACGCGUCACUACAGUCCAGCCUGGCCAGUCGCCGCGACAGCGCGUUUGCCAGGCAGCCGCUGUUGUCCCGUGCGUCGUUGGACAACGUGACGGACCGGAGGAACCUCCUCGCACCACAGACUUCCCAGAGCGAAUCUAGGGCACCCGCAGACAGGGUCUCAAGUUUCUGUUUCAACGGAGCAGAACAACAGACGUCAUCAUUAAGAGUGCGAGCCCUCACCAACGCUGCUCGUCCGGCUUUCGUUGCCGGAGUCGCGUACACCGCCAUCUUUGGUAACCUCGUUAACUUCAACACCUUGUCCACGCGGAAGACCCUGCUCGCCACUCUCGGCUGCCAAGACGACGAGUGCCCGGUCAACUUCUGGAGCUGGCUGGCCGUGUCACUGCCCGUCGCGUUGAUUUGCUGCAUCGCCUGCUGGACGGCCAUCUACUGCGCCGGCCUCGUGAGCUGCGACGACGAAGUCGACGAGCAAACACACGACGACAUGUCCAAGAGCGCCCGCAUCCGCCAUCGAAACAUGAAGAGGCACAGCGUGUGGGAGGCCCUCGUGUUCUACUGGAUUGUGGGGAUUCCCGUCGCCUCCUGCGCUUACGGCUUCCGCGAUCCGGAUAGGUACAUGGAGGGCCCGUUGCUGGGUCUCGCGCUGCUGGGCCUGAGCGUUUCGCCGGCAUAUUCGCUGCGUCGCUGCUGGACGCAUCGCAUGCUCUGCUGGCGCGACCUCUGCUCGCGCAUGCCGUGGAACCUCAUCCUCAUGCUGGGCUCGGUGUUAGCGCUCACCAGGACAAUCGAGGAGUACAGGCUGGUAGAGAUUGGUCUGGCAAAGCUGGACGACCACUUCUGGUCCCAACGGUCGACCAAGUCCUGCCAAUUCAUCUUGGUCAGCGUGGCUGCCUUAUUGUCAGAGGUCGUGCUCGGAGACUCGCUCGCCCGGUCCAUGGCGACCACGGUUGUCCGAGUGGCGGUGGUCACAGAGACACCAGUGUCCUUCUACGUGGUACCGGUGAGCCUGGCGGCCUCCAUCAACGUGAUGCUGCCCGUGUCGCUGCCGCUGCUCGUAAUGCGCGAGUACCUCCACACCAAGUGCACACAGAUGGUGGCCUACGGCGUCUUCCUCAAGUGCACCUCCGUGGUCGCCAUAUUCGUGCUUAUGAACACCAUCGGCCUCAUCGUGUUCCAGGGCGACACACAACCAGGGAGGCAAAUGACGUUGGCCCUCACCAACGCCUCCCACAUUUAUACUGAAAUUUUCUGAAACCGUGUAAUGUUCAACGUAUUUUGUUCUAUUCUCUCCCGUUUUUUUUUGUUCGUUACUUUUAUUUUUUCGAUGCGCUAUAACGCGUUUUCUUUUACCUUUUAUUUGUAAUCACGCUUCUGGCUGUUUCGCUGUGCUUCAUCUUUAUUUUUUAUCGCGCGUUGUAGUAACAAAUGCUCUUUCGUGCUGAUUGACUUUUGACGUUGUAGUACUUCGUUGUGCAUUGCACUGUUCGGUAUGGCGAUCCACCUAGCUAUUAGCGCUUAACUGUAUUUGUGCUUUUCACUCGUAGCUCGGGCCUCGAUGUGUUAUGAUACGGACUGCCAAGGACCUUUGUGUUGAUGUGUGCCUCGUUACGGUGGCGGGUGCUUGCGUGCUUUUCUGGACGCUGCGCCUUUGAAUACGGAUGACGAAGUGUUCAGGUCCAUGAAACCUCAGUGCCAGAACAAUGCAUUACGCUUGCCUUAGCACGCUGAAGAACGUCAAGUCGACAGUGGCCUGGUCAACAGAAGUGGGAAGCAGCCGCUCAUCGCCGUUGAAUGACACUGCUCCGAGAAAGAGGGCGAAUAAUGUCUGUCUUUUUUUUUCAACUGGAACUUUGUUCAGUCCGCAUGAUACCGAUGUAUGCACGAAAUAUUUGAACGAUAAAUUUCGUACUACGCUACGCAAGGAUGCGAAAUUCCCAACACCAA